ACGGCUAAAACAGAGGGAUAAGGCGGGACUUCACUCGUCGUUGCCGCCCAAAGCGUAAAACCCUCACUCAAGGGAAGGAUCGGAAAAAGGAGGAUCCUCUUAUUCAUCGUGUCUACGGGGAGUAGAGAGAAAUUAGAAGAAAAAGGAGGAGAGCAUGUGGAAACCACAGAUUAUGGCUGUUAUGGCUUUGAGAGGAUUUGCUGCUAUGGCUUCUGGUGGAGGUGGGAUCGCAGCUAUGGCUUCCCAAGGUGGAGGAUUUGCUGGUUGCAGCUUCUACAGGUGUAGGCUCUGCAGCUGCCUCGAGUGGGGGUGGUUUUGCUGGUGCUGCUGCGGGUGGUGGUGGUGGUGGUGGUGGUGGCUUUGCAGGAGUAGCCUUAGCUGGUAGUUUUUUAAUCUUUGUUUUCCUUAAUUUUGUAGUGAUUCCGUUGAAGUUAUUGGGCAAUGUUUCAUAGGAAUGACACGGGGCUGAAGCACACGGUGCCCCUAUACGUCCUUUAAAAACUGUGAUUUUGGAAAUUCAACUCAAAAACUCUUUUCAGGAUUGUAUUUGUAACAACUGAAUGAAGUGCAAGAAAGAAU